AUGUCUGCACAAAAGUAUGCAGUUUUCUUCCCCGAGGGCGAUGGCUACCUUUUUUGUCGGCCGCUGGGCAAUGGCAUGGAGGGAGUCACCUCGAUCGUCCGCUCCAUCACGAACAACAAGAACUAUGUGAGAAAGAAGACAAAGCCGACCUCAGCAAAAGCAAGCCACAGAGAUGGAAUCCGGUGCCCAGAAGUCGAGCUGUACGAAGAGUUCCCGAAGAUCCCAGCCCUUGUGUGUUCUCAAGACUUCAAUGUCCUCCCCAAAGACCACGCCUCUUACAGUGACUUCAAGUCAACGGCCAUGAUCUUCGACUACUGCAACGGAGGCUCGCUGGACCGUUUCUUCGCCGUGCUGGAACGAGAACGCAUUUUGCCACCACAAGCUCUGGUCUUGCAACUGCUUGACCACCUGAUGGAGGCCGUGGACUUUGUGCACCGGUACUGUGAGCCGCCCGUGAUCCACCAAGAUGUCCACGAAGGCAACAUAUUUCUCCACUUCCCCACCCCAGACAGCAAGCUCCUGGACUUUCUCCUAGGAGAUUUCGGCCUGGCCGGACGAGCAGCAGAGGACUUGUUCGAGGUAUCUGGAAAUCCCGUCAGACGGCGAAUGAGAGACCUGGCCUCGCUCCAACAAGAAGACGACCAAGCGCAGCAGCAAUUCGCUGCUCGUCAAGCCGCUGGGACGCCGACCGCUGCCGACAAGCCCCCCGAAACACGCACACGACAAGUCAACAGGAUGUUCGACGACAUCAGCAACCUGUACGAGAUCAUCCACCGCUCCCUCGUCGGCCGCCACCAGCAACCAGAAACUGCCAAGUACGUCGCGCUGCGCCUCGAUUUUUCGGACUGGCUGCGCGAACUGGGCAAACGGUACGCCGCCCGCGAGAACAUCUGGCCCGGCACGUACAACCAGUGGGUGGACCUCCACCAGUACAUCCGCACGUGGGCGGAGCAGGCGCGCCAACAGGCCGACAAGCUGCCAGACUUGCAGUGGACACGGCAGGACCGGUACCGAGACAACGUGCCCCCCAGCGACGCGCAAGUCGCAGCCCACCCGUGGACGUUCUACAACCAACAUCUUCCACCAGAGGCCGACCAGCGGCUCAAAGCGCCCUGGCAGCACGCCCCGUCUCCCAGCGUCCAGCUGUUCGAGACAAGGCAGGAGCUGCUCCGCCAGGCGGCCGCCGUGCCGGGUCCAUGGCGCAUCGCGCGUGUGCGAACGGUCGCCACAGCUGCAGUGCUGCGCGUCGAGGCUGUAGAGGAGCACGCCUUCAACCUGCACGUACCGCGCCUGAGCGACAACCCGUGGAAGUUGCCCAACGGCCGCCACGUCAACGCCGACGACGUCGAGAUGGAAGACCAGCUCGUCGCCACGGCGGUGGACGGCAUUGGCGGGAUCGACACGUUCAUCGCGCGGUCUGAAGCCCUGUCGCUGAAUGCCGCCGUAGCGGACGAGUUGGCCGACGAUCUCUUCGGCGUGGACGAAGCGUGGUGCGCCAGGCUGGCCAGGCUGGCCAAGCAGGCGGUGGAGUCGACGUUGCAGGCCGAGGACGCCCCGCCGGCGGCGGCGGUCAUACAAUUGGCCCCUCAAGAUGCGGCUGCCGGUGCGGUUGCUGUGUCUGUCGCGGCGGCUACGGCGGACGGUAACCUCCCCGUCCAGCCGGCCACGCAGGAGGCAGCAGCAACGCAGCUGGCGCCCGUCGCGAGGAGACGACGGCCACGCCGUCGGCAGGUGCGGACUGGGCCCAACGUCACCACGAGGGCGAUGGCGCGGAGGGAGGAGAUGGACAAGAGGAGGGUGACGAGGAGCAUGGCGCGGGCGGCGGCGGUGGAGGCGGAAGCGGAGGCGGCGAGGAAGAAGAGGAAGGUUUGA